UUCUCAGUGUGGGGGGCAGCCGUUGCAAACAAAAGUUAUUUUUUUACGCAUACUCGGAAGAGAGCGGGAUCUCAUUGAUUGCCCCGUGCAAUCGGCAUCGGACCCCAUGGAUGAUGAACUGGCCGCCGUCAGACGUGAAUUGGACGAGGUGAAGGAAGAUCUCCUUCUCAAAUCGGACGAGUACAACGAACUGGUCACAGCAAGCAGCGUGAUUGAAGCAGAACUCGAGAAGGAUCUGCAGGAAGUGGAGCAAAAGGCUGAGAAGUGGCGACAACAGGCACAACGGUUUGAAGACGAGGUGCGCGACGCACGGGAAAAGAUGGCGACGCAUUUCAGAGAUUCCGCGACGUUACAGCGGGAACUGGACAGGACAAAGGAGAAGUUGCAGACACUGACGCAGGAUAGAGCACGAUGGGAGACUGAGGUCGACCACUUGACGACACAAGUGCGGAUCUUGGAAGCAUCGAACGAAGAUCUUAAACACCAGCUUGAACGAGCACAGGAGGACAAGGUGUUUCUGCAGCAUGACUACGCCGAGAUCGAAAAGGAGCACGAACUGAGCAGCGAGCGGUACCGGUCCGAGAUUCUCGACUUAAAGUCCGAGUUGUUUGCCGUCAAGGUCCAGGUCUCGGCCCCUCUCCCGCGGUCAACAGAUGUGUCAGAUUUCAGUUUUCGCGAUAGCUUGUCGGCGUUGAUCGAGGACAAUCCGUUCCGGCCGUCGAUGUCGUUGGAGCGGGACAUGGAAGAGAACGAAAAGCACAUUCAGAUCCUCCAAGACGAGCUGCGGGAACUAGGAAACCGCUUGCAAGACGAAGAAGACCGCCGCGGACACCUCGAAGCGCAACUCGUGGAGAUGCAGGACCGGCAGGCGCACAUGGAGGCGAUGGAGGCGGAGAUCAACGACAUGUCGGACGAGCUCAUCGAAAAGGCCGAGCAUGUCAAGCGCGCCGAGAACGAAGUCACAUGUCUGCAGACGAACCUGACGUUCACGCUGGCGUCCGUGGAAGCCAUGCUGUCGUCGACGAAGGAGCAGCACGAAAUGGAGCUGGACGCAUUGCGCCUCGAGUUAGACGCGUCCAAGAGCCUGGCGUCGUCCCAAGAGUCGUCAUUCCACGAGUUGUCGGUGCUGCGGGCCGAGUAUUCGCAGCUGGAAGCGUUGCAUGCCCAGGCCAAAGUGCAGCUCGACAUGGAGCGCGCCAAGUUUGCGCAGUUGUCGGCCGAACUCGACCAAAGCAAGGGCGCCACCGAGGCCGUCCAGGAAGAGCUCGAUGCGUUGCGGCAGCAGUACGACGACCUGCAGAGCGAGCACAGCGCGUCGUUUCUCCAGCUGAGGAGUCAGUCAACGCCCCCGCCGGUCACGCGCCCCGCGCGGUCGCAGUCGAUGGACGCGCACGACGUGGCCCAGAAGUACCUCCUCGAACGCAAACGCAACGCCAUGCUGCUGUCCAAGCUGCAAAAUGUCACGGGUAACAUGCAAGUGUUGUGUCGGGUGCGGCCGCUGCUGGCGCAUGAUCCAGCGCACAAAGGUCCCGAGGUGGCGGUGGACGUGCUCAACCUGACGGACGUAGCGGCGAUGGAGAUGAAGGCUGACCAUGUCGACGUGGACGCGCCGUGGAAAGUGUUUACGUUCGAUCGGGUGCUCAGCCCCCACUGUACGCAGACCGAAGUGUUUCGGGAAGUGGAGCCGAUGGCGCAAGCCGUGAUCGACGGGUUCAAGGCGUGCAUCUUUGCCUACGGACAGACUGGAUCGGGGAAAACGUACACGAUGGAGGGCACGCCCUCCCACCCAGGGCUGAACUAUCGCCUCCUGAGUCACAUGUUUGAAUCGGUGGCAUUACGUGGCUCGGUGGUGGACCGCCCAGAGGCCGUCGCGUCCUUUGACGUGGCGUCGGAUCGCCCCGUGUACCAUUUGCAGCUGGGGGUGUUUGAGAUCUACAACGACACGAUCCGCGACCUACUCAAGACCAACAACGUGCUGGAUAUCCGCACCGACGAGUUUGGGGACGUGGGCGUGCCGGCGCUGCACAUGGAGACGAUCUUCCACCCCACGCAUGCUUUGGAAGUGCUGUCCCAGGCGCAAAAGAACCGCGCGAGCUGCGCCACCAACGUGCACGGCAACAGCAGUCGAUCCCACAGCGUCGUGCUGGUGCAAAUGAAAUCCAACGCUGGCCAGCGCGGGACGUUGUACUUGGUGGAUCUGGCCGGGAGCGAGCGGGUCAAGGUGAGUGGCGACCACGCGCUCAAGGAGACAGCGGCGAUCAACAAGUCGCUGUCGGCGCUGGGCGACGUGAUGGAGGCGCUCGACAAGAAGCAGGCGCACGUGCCGUACCGCAACUCAAAGCUCACGUACGCGCUCCAGGACGUGCUGGGGUCUAGCCAGUGCAAGACGGUGAUGAUUCUGAACGUGGCGCCGGGGUUCACGACCGCCAGCGAAACGUACCGAUCGAUGCAGUUUGCAGAGCGGGCGAGGCGCAUCGUGGUGGCCCCGCACGGGAUCAAGCCCCGGCAGCGUGGCCUCCUCACCGGCAAGCAAGCGUUCACCGAGAUCAAAUCGCUCAAGUCGCAAGUGGCGGCUGCCAACGCCAAGCUCAUGCAAGUGAACCAAACGAUCGUGACUAUGAAACGAGACCACAAGCUCGAACAGGACAAGUUGACGACCCUGCUCGAGCAAAAGACCAAAGCAGCCGACGAAGCCAAGAGCGCCGUGCAGACGAUGCGCGCGGCCCAGAGCGACCUCCAAGACAAGCUCAAGCAGGAAAGGGAACUGCGCCAACAAGAGGUGGCCCACGCUGACCAAGAGCUCAAGCAGCGCCGGCAACUGCAGUCCAAGACCAAAGUGUCGGCGGCGCACAAGGAGUCGCUGGAGAAGCUCCUGUUUGAACGAGAAAGCGAAGUGCUCAAGCUCCGCCAGAGUCUGAACGACGCGCGGCGGCGGAGCCAGAACUCGCUCAUCCCGCGCUUGUCACUCGAAGCCGCGAGCACUACUACGACGACCCCCCUGGACACGUUCAAACGUAUGACCGUGGAGGACCCUGUCUCAUCGUCGUCCGCGUCUGAAACUGAACUAGAAUCCGAAUCGUCGACAGAUAAACCAGUGCCGUCGCGGAUUCCUCAACGCGUGCUGCGCCGCACGACGUUCCCCCAGUCCAACGACGACCCCCGCCACAUGGAGGAUGACGCCCCGUCCAAGCGGAAAGCGGUGUCGGCGCUUCGAGUGCCCGUCGCCAUCGCAGCCAUCGAAGGCGCACUGAGGAAACCCGUGACGAGCAAUGUGGAAUCACGAAGCAAAAUCCCAAGGCGGGCAUUUGGCACCACCAAGAACGCACCGCGAGAAGACAACCAAGCGACAAACAAACCACCACCACCACCCGUGUCGUCGUCGUCGUCGCCGGCGUACCGGAGGAUGUGGAAAUAACAAUUAACCCAUUGUAUUUUCAUUCGUGGUGAAACUGUCGAAGGCGGGGGUCGGGGUGUUUGGCGAGCGCUCCAUUUAUUCGCUCGAGCACCUGGCCUAGCACGUGGGGCUGGUCAAAGCUCAGCGACUCCAGCGUAUGCAGCAGCUCGAGCAGCAGGUCCUGCGCGUUGCCGUCGUCCGUCCCUUGCACGGUUUCAAACACGGCGGGUUUCAGCACAUCGUCAAACAAGCUCUCGCCAAAGUCGUCGGAGAAUGCGGUGUCGUCUUGAAAUACACUGCCACAGAGACAGGUCACGACAGUUUGUCCAAAAGCAUGGGCAAUGGACGUACCUCUGCACGGUGGACUUUUUAGGCGACAUGGCGUCCUUGCUCAAGCGGACGGUGGCGCCAAAGUCCCAUCCCGAAUCCACGGCGUCGGCGAGGUCCGACGUGGUCGAGUCGACUGGGAGAAGGCUGGUGGUGCUGGUGGUUGUGAUGGUACUGGUGGGUUCUACCGGCAGGUCGCUCGUUCCAAGUUGGGCUCGCUACUCACGAGAUAGCAACGUCGGAAACAUACUAGUACGAGGGAGGGUAUGUGGUACCUCGAUGAGUUCGGUG